AUGAAAGUAGACUACAAAACAAUAACAUAACGGAUUGGUUAUAAAACUUUUUGGUGUAAAAAAACAAUGAGUGUAUGGAAAUACGUCACAGCAGGUUGUGUUGUCGCUCUUUCAAUAAUGGCUAUGAGAAAAUUGUCAAAGGUUUACCAGGUUUACAAGCGCGGAAUGGCUCUUUGUGGUGGAGAAUUGAAGGGCAAAACUGCAAUUAUAACCGGGGCAAACUGUGGUAUAGGAAGAGCCACGGCUUUGGAGUUGGCAAAAAGACAAGCUCGUGUCAUUUUAGCUUGCAGGAGUGAAGAAAAAGGCAAAGCGGCUAUAUCAGACAUUAAGAGAUUCACAAAGAAUGGCGAUUUAGUCUACAAACAUCUUGAUCUAGAAUCAUUGAAAUCGGUCAGGGAAUUUUGCAGUGACAUAAUUGAAAAUGAGCCGCAGUUAGAUAUUUUGAUUAAUAAUGCAGCUGUUAUGAAUCAUCCCUAUGUUCAAACGGAAGAUAAGAUAGAAAUUAACAUGAGUGUCAACCAUUUUGGACCCUUCUUGCUCACAAACCUUCUCCUCGAAUUGCUGAAAAAAUCAUCACCAAGUAGGAUCAUUUUUGUCUCUUCUGCUCUGCAUAAAUAUGGAACAGUUGAUUUAGAAAAUUUCCAGAACCAGCAGAAAAAGCCAUAUGCAGAUAGCAAGCUUGCAAAUGUGUAUUUUGCACGAGAGCUUGCGGAGAGGCUGAAGAAUACAGAAGUAGCUGUGCAUACAAUACACCCUGGCAUGGUGAAUACAGAACUAUCAAGACACUCUGUUCCGCAGGCCUUGAACUUUAUAGUGAAUCCCAUUAAGUUUCUUUUACUUCCUUCUGCUAUAGAAGGCUCGCAAGGUAUUGUUCAUCUUGCGACUGCUAAUCUAGGAAAGGACACUGGAAAAUAUUAUGGUAAAACUGGUCAGGAGGAAAAAUGGCCCGAUAUUUCUGCUGAUACUGCUGUUUGGAAAAAGCUUUGGGAUGUCAGUGAGAAAAUUACUAACCAAAAUUCUCAAUAAAUAAUGCAAUAUUUUACUUCUUUCUAUGUAUAAAUAAAACAUUUCAAUUUUUUGUUGAAAUUG